GCUAGCCAUGAGGGAGCCACGACGCAGUCCGAGCAGGCAGCCGAUGACGGCGAGUCGCGGCCGGCAAUGGCGCCGCCGCCGGCCGAAGCUUGUCACAGAGCGCCUGACUACUGCUAGUAGUGAUGCGCGGUCGCUGAAGCCGACUACGGCUACCAGGGGACUACUCGCUGGGACGACGACGAGCUUCUCCGAGGACGAGGAGGACCUCCUCAUCAAGCUGCACGCUUUGCUCGGAAACCGCUGGUCCAUCAUCGCCGGGAGGCUGCCUGGGAGGACGGGCGAGGAGGUGGAGGCCCACUGGGGUUCGCCGGCGAUGAGGAGGCGCGCGGCCGGCGGCGCCGAUCCCGACAGCCAUCGUGUGCUACUGCAGGCUUUGCUAGCCUCGUCACAUGAUCAACCAACACAACCCGGCGAGCAUCUGCGGAGGGCGGUGCCAAACCAAGUACGCGACGAGCGCCCCGGUCGUCCUUACGACGACAGUGCAGUGUCGGACGCCGGAAGCCGCAGAGCCUGCGCAUCAUCGGACGCCGACAGCAGCUGGUUCCUCGCUGAACUGAACCUGGAGCUCACCCUGUCUACGCCGAGCAGUGCGUCUACUUAAUUUGGAGGGUGUCAUAUCAUCGGUUGAUCGGUAAUCACCUGGUGUUUAUAUAUACUGUACUUCGGUCGAUGGUUUCUGUACCGUAAGAGACAG